UCAAUGUGGAGAGGGCUGAAGCUGACGGGAUAUAUCGUCUUACAAUCCCAAAGAUGGAACCAAUGGAUGAAGCUAUUUACUAUUGCGCAAGUAGGACAGACUAUGAAGUAAACUUGAUCAAUGGGACUUUUUUAGUAUUAAAAGGUAAGAAUCACCAGAAGUCUGAUUACAAGACCGUGGUACAGCGGCCAAUGUCUGACCCAUUCCACCCAGGAGAAAAUGUGACUCUGCAGUGUACAGUACUCUCUGAGACCUGUACAGGAGAACACAGUGUGUACUGGUUCAGAGCCGGAUCAGGAGAAUCCCAUCCAGGAGUCAUUUACACCCCUGGGAAMAGGAGUGAUGAGUGUGAGAAGAGCCCUGAGACUCCCUCUCCUACACAGAGCUGUGUCUACAGCCUCUCUAAGAACAACCUCGGCCCCUCUGAUGCUGGGACUUACUACUGUGCUGUGGCCACAUGUGGGGAGAUCCUGUUGGGCAAUGGAACAAAAUUGGACAUGGCCACUGACACGAAAUGCAAUGAGUCAGAAAAGGCUAUGGUAGCGGUUGUUGUUGGUUUGGCAGUGGCGUUGGUGUUGUGUGGGAUUGGGAUCAUCUUCCUUGCCUGCACCAGAAGUAAAGAGCAAGUCUGCGACAAUUGCAAARCAGUAGAUGCCUGUCGGGGAGGAAGACAUAAUGGAUUAAGGGGAGAACAGUGCACUUGGUGUGAGAGCAGGUCUGUUACAGGAAGAGUAGCCUCUGUAGAAUUCACACCUCUAACACCCAAACCACACUGA